CAACCCUGGCUCGAGUCAAUUGAUGACGUGUACACAGGAAGUGUAUUGGGUUUAUGACUACGUGGAAGGUGUUUUCUUUCAGCCACGACACGUAAAAGAAUUCGUUGGCAUUGCACGACACUUCGACGACAUGAUUAAAAAAUUUGACAAGAAGGACGAGGAGUCCGGAAGUGGCUCCAACCCUUUCCAGCACUUGGAGAAGAGUGCUGUUUUGCAGGAGGCACGCAUCUUUAACGAGACCCCCAUUAACCCACGGAGAUGUCUUCACAUUCUCACAAAGAUCAUUUACCUGCUCAACCAGGGUGAACAUUUUGGGACCACAGAAGCCACAGAGGCCUUCUUUGCCAUGACCAGGCUUUUUCAGUCCAAUGACCAAACUCUGAGAAGGAUGUGCUACUUGACCAUCAAGGAGAUGGCCAACAUCUCUGAGGACGUCAUCAUCGUCACCAGCAGUUUGACCAAAGACAUGACGGGCAAGGAGGAUGUGUACAGAGGACCUGCCAUCAGAGCCCUCUGUAGGAUCACUGAUACCACCAUGCUUCAGGCCAUAGAGAGAUACAUGAAGCAGGCCAUAGUGGACAAGGUGCCUAGUGUGUCCAGUUCAGCCCUGGUGUCCUCACUGCACAUGGUGAAGAUGAGCUACGACGUGGUGAAGCGUUGGGUCAAUGAAGCUCAAGAGGCGGCUUCUAGCGAUAACAUCAUGGUGCAGUACCACGCCCUCGGCCUGUUGUAUCACCUGAGGAAGAACGACCGUCUUGCCGUCACCAAGAUGCUCAAUAAGUUCACCAAGUCGGGCCUCAAGUCGCCGUUCGCCUACUGCAUGCUCAUCAGGAUCGCCAGUAAACUUUUGGACGAGACAGAAGCAAGCCACGACAGCCCCUUGUUUGACUUCAUCGAGAGCUGCCUGAGGAACAAGAAUGAGAUGGUGGUCUACGAGGCCGCCUCUGCCAUCGUGCACAUGCCAAACUGCACGGCCAGGGAGCUGGCCCCCGCCGUGUCUGUGUUGCAGCUCUUCUGCAGCUCCCCCAAAGCUGCACUGAGAUAUGCUGCAGUCCGGACCCUCAACAAGGUGGCGAUGAAGCAUCCCUCAGCCGUGACGGCGUGCAACCUGGACCUGGAGAACCUGAUCACAGACUCCAACCGAAGUAUCGCCACUCUGGCCAUCACCACGCUGCUGAAGACGGGCAGCGAGAGCAGCGUGGACAGGCUCAUGAAGCAGAUCUCCUCCUUUGUCUCCGAAAUCUCCGAUGAGUUUAAGGUGGUGGUGGUGCAGGCCAUCAGCGCGUUGUGUCAGAAGUACCCCAGGAAGCACGGCGUCAUGAUGAACUUUCUGUCCAACAUGCUGAGAGACGACGGCGGCUUCGAGUACAAACGUGCCAUCGUGGACUGUAUCAUCAGCAUUAUUGAGGAGAACCCAGAGAGCAAAGAGACGGGUUUGGCCCACCUGUGUGAGUUCAUCGAGGACUGUGAGCACACGGUGCUGGCCACCAAGAUCCUGCACCUGCUGGGCAAAGAAGGCCCACGCACUCCCCAACCCUCCAAGUACAUCCGCUUCAUCUUCAACCGAGUGGUGCUGGAGAGCGAGGCUGUCCGAGCAGCUGCAGUCAGCGCUUUAGCCAAAUUUGGGGCCCAAAAUGACGAUCUGCUGCCGAGUGUUCUAGUCCUGAUGCAGAGGUGCAUGAUGGACAGCGACGACGAAGUGCGUGACAGAGCGACGUUCUUCAUGAACGUGCUGCAGCAGAAGCAGAAGGCCCUUAACGCCGCAUACAUCUUCAAUAGUAUGUCUGUGUCCAUCCCCGGCCUAGAGAAGGCAUUGCACCAGUACACCUUGGAGCCUUCAGACAAGCCCUUCGACAUGAAGACUGUCCCUCUCGCCACCACUCCCAUCACAGAACAGAAAACGGAAAUCGCUCCUAUGGCGACCAGCAAGCUCCCGGAAAAGUUGGCGCCCUCACGCCAGGACAUCUAUCAAGAACAACUGGCGUCCAUUCCAGAGUUCAAGGGGCUGGGUCCGCUCUUCAAGUCGGCUGAGCCGGUGCAGCUAACAGAGGCUGAGACAGAAUAUGUGGUGCGGUGCAUCAAGCACACCUUCGCCAGGCACAUGGUGUUCCAGUUUGACUGCACCAACACGCUGAACGACCAGCUCCUACAGAAGGUGUUGGUGCAGAUGGAGCCAUCAGAGUCCUAUGAGGUGCUACAGUACAUUCCAGCCGCCAGUCUCCCGUACAGCCAACCUGGAUCGUGCUACACGCUGGUGGGAUUGCCUGACGACGACCCCACAGCCGUAUCGUGCACGUUCAGCUGCACACUGAAGUACCUGGUCCGAGACUGUGACCCAAACACUGGCGAGCCUGACGACGACGGCUAUGACGACGAGUACGUGCUGGAAGACCUGGAAGUGACGGUGGCGGACCACAUCCAGAAGGUUCUCAAGCCAAACUUUGGAGCAGCCUGGGAAGAAGUGGGAGAUGACUUUGAGAAGGAGGAGACGUUUGCGUUGGCGUCCGUACGCACUUUGGACGAGGCUGUGAGCAACAUCGUCAGCUUCCUGGGAAUGCAGCCAUGUGAACGCUCCGAUAAAGUCCCUGAAAACAAGAACUCGCACGUCCUCUUCCUUGCUGGUGUUUUUCGAGGAGGACACAACACGCUGGUCCGUGCUCGUCUUGCGCUGGCCGAUGGCGUCACCAUGCAGGUGACUGUCCGCAGCAAUGAGGAGACGGUCGUCGAUGUUAUCUUGGCGUCGGUGGGCUGAAGACACAACCCCUCUCAAUGUGCUCACUUUUUUGGUGGAACGUAUGCUACUUAAUCUUCUACGCUAUAACAAAUGUUCUAAAAUGUGCAAAAUAAAUUGAGAUUACAACAAAA